UCAACUGCCGCUUUGCCGCAGUUCUCGACUGAAACUCGAACAGUGAACAGUGAAACCAACAGCACAAAACGUGCAGUGAGAAAAAAAAACCUAGGACGUUAUUAUUACUAUAAAUACAUUCGGAAACCGGUCCAACAGCUGAUUGUGCGCGGUAACGAAAAAAGUUCAAUAACCAAGUGCCUUUGCAGUCCGUCAGUGAAGUGUAAGGGUGGCUCGCUACGCCGGAGUCGGAGUUUUGAAAUCAUCUCCAGCGGACACCUACGACUGUGUCUUGUAAGAUCUUAAACCGACACGCCUACCCGGACUACCUCCGGACAAAGAAUUGAAUUCAUUUCAGCACAAACAGUUCCAGUGUGCGGCAACCGGUGCAAUACCGACCCGAUCGUCAUACACCCAACUCCCAAUCAGUGAAAACGUGAUUUCCAAUUCAAACUAAAGUGAGACUGAUUUGUCUAUUGUUGCAUUCGCGCAGGGCCGCCUCGCCCGAACAAAGCGGCAAGUGUCUCGCGUCGCAGAAGUGUGCGCAUGAAAGUGAUCCGAUCCUGACCCGAGUAGUUAGGUACAGUGAUGAAUAGUAGGUAAUUGAAUUUCGCGAAUAAAGUCAAUCAAGCUCGAAUUGCGGUCAUUCGGGAAGAAUUGUUCGGACAGCUCACGUAAGGAUUGAAAAUUCCUCCCAGUAAGUGAAAGAAUAAGAGAAAUCGACUCUCGAGUGGACGAUAAACCGUUUGAAGACUUGCUCAGGCAGUCUAAGAAUACUGCGGUUUGUGACGGUUUCACCAAGCUCAGACGAAAAAAUGGCUGUGGUUUUGUUAACAAAAGUUAUUUUGGCCGUUGCCGUGCUCGUCAGGUGUAUAGACAGUGCCAGAAUUUUGGCAAUAUUCCCUGUUCCUUUCAAAGAACAUCAGCUGUCGUAUCGACCAUUAAUAGAACAGUUAGCCAACAGAGGCCACGAUAUUACGCUUUUGACCACUGACCCCAUUGAUCUACACGUCGCGGGGAAUGGGGUAUUGGUGAACAAAAUCGAACAAAUCGAUUUAAGUUUCGUUUAUAAUUUGCCGAUUUUGGAAGACUUACGUAUCGGAAAUCUAGGCGCUCGGGAUAUGCUCCGGAACGUGUUCAACGUAAUGAGAAAAAUAUCCGACGCUGAACUGCAGCAUCCCUCGGUGCAGGAGCUGAUCCAGGGUAACGCUAAAUUCGACGUAGUAAUGGUCGAAUGGUCCGGGGUCAGUUUGAUGAACGCCUUCGCAUAUCACUUCGAUGCUCCGUUGAUAGGAAUUGCAAACGGAGGAGCGUACAUCAACGCUCACGAAGCAUUGGGCAACCCGAACCACCCGAUUGGUUAUCCAAGCAUUUUUAUGCCAUUCACCGAAGAUCUAAGUCUGCUACAGCGGAUCUCCAGCGUGUUCUUCACCAUUUGGUACCGUUUUUACUACUACAUCGAAGAGAUUCCAAAACAAAAUCUUAUCGCCAGCGUAAACUUCGGCUCCGAUGUUCCCGAUCUGUUCGAGAUCGAACGAAAGGCGGACCUUCUCCUGAUCAACGCGUAUCAGCUGCUAGGAAAUGUUCGCCCUGUUGGACCGACCACUAUCUAUCUUGGCGGAAUUCACCGGAAGUUGAGCAUGGCGAAUGAAAUGACCGUAGAUUUGAUCCAUUUCCUGGAACAUUCGCAGGAACCAAUUGUGUAUGUUAGUCUAGAUCUGGAUCCGACGGCCGACCUGUACCGCUUGGAAAAAAUCGUCAAAGCACUGGAAACUUUGGAUGCCACCGUCGUCUGGAAUUGGAACCGAGGUCAAUUAGUCAACACCUCCGCUAGGAUCUACCAAUCGUACAAUUUACCCCAGGAGAAUGUUCUUGCUCAUCCGAAGGUCAAGCUGUUCAUCACCGACGGCGGUCAACGGAACAUUGAGGACGCCAUCCACCACCGGGUCCCGGUGCUGGGAAUCAGCUAUUCGACCUCGCUGGAGCACUAUCUGCGCCAGGUUGCCAAAUAUGAAACUGGCCUUAUUUCGCUAAUUGAUUUUGAAACACAGACGACCUUCACCGAAAAGCUACAGGAUGCCUUCCAGUUGGAUGUCUACCAAUCCAACAUGGACAAACUGAACCGCCUGCUGGCGGAUCAGCCUAUGAAUUCGCUGGACCGUGCAGUCUGGUGGCUCGAGUAUGUUGUCCGCCAGGGGGGCACUGGGCAUUUACGCACACCGCAGCUGUCGUGGUUCCAGUACUUGAUGCUAGAUGUCACACUGACGGUUGCUGUCCUCGCUACGCUGGUCGGACUGGCAAUCGCCUACCUUAUCGUUCGUGCCAUACGUUACUCCAAGAGUCUACCGAUCGAAAUGGUAACGCGUGGUAGCAGAAAGUGCAAACUAAUGUGAACGAUGGCGUGGUUCGUGACUUUGCUGCUGCAGUAUCGUUUUUUAUUUUUUUUUCUCGUAUUUAAUUUAAGAUAGACUAACAAAUGUAAACCAAACCGUAAUAACCGUGUCGAUUUCUGUGUUGUGAUACUCGCGAAAGGGUUCAUUCGAAUGAUCCUGAACACCUAUCAGAUACUAAUAUGAUAGAAUUAUAAACAAAUGUGAUAUUAGCGUUAAGGACAUAAUGCUAGGUAAUAUAAUGAAUAUAUUGACGUACAACUUGAGAAAAA